GAGUUCCUGCAACUCCAGGCUGGAGCCAGAGAGCAAAAUGCUGGAGAAGAUUCAGAAGGCACUCACGACUUGUAGCUGCACCGUGAGGGAGCUGCUGGCAGAAGCACUGGGGAUGUUCAUCCUCAUGGUCUUUGGCUUGUCUUCUGUGGCACAAGUGGUACUAGGAAGAGGAGACUUUGGGCAGCUUCUGAGCAUCAAUCUGGGAUUUGGCAUUGGUGUUACCUUGGGCAUCCAUGCAGCUGGAGGAAUCUCUGGAGCUCAUCUGAAUGCUGCCAUCACCCUUACACACUGCCUUUUAGGAAAUCUCCCCUGGAGAAAGCUUCCAGCUUAUCUGAUCGGCCAGUUCCUGGGCUCCUUUGUGGCAGCAGCCACCGUCUUUGGCCUCUACUAUGAUGCUCUGUAUGACUACACAAAGGGGAACUUUACAGUGACGGGACCGACUGCCACAGCAUCCAUCUUCUCCACUUACCCUGCUCCCUACAUAUCCUUGCAGGGGGGCUUCUUCUCAGAGUUUCUGGCAACGAUGAUGCUGCUCCUGGGCAUUCUGGUCAUCCAUGACGAGAAAAACAACGGAGCCCUGAGAGGCACCCAGGCCCUGCUCACGGGAAUCCUGGUCGUGGGCAUCGGCCUGGGGAUGGGGAUGAACACAGGAUAUGCCAUAAACCCCUCCCGGGACCUGCCUCCCAGGAUCUUCACAGCAGUUGCUGGCUGGGGAAUGGAAGUCUUCACGGCUGGACAUCACUGGUGGUGGGUUCCAGUCACAGCUCCAAUUCUGGGAAGUCUUACUGGUGUUUUAAUCUACAAGCUCUUCAUCGAUUUUCACAACCAACCUGUCCUGGAAAUUGGAAAGGAGAAGGGACAGCCAGCGGUGGAGAUUUCUACCUUGUGA